CUUUCCUGCAUGCCGGCUGGGAAAGCAUGGAGGUCCGUGGUCAGCUUCGUGCCAGCCCCAGCUCGAGCUGUUCGUCGUCCACCCAGAGCUGCUCGGGGGUCGCAGUGUCCAGUGAGCUGCUGACAGUGGGGAGCGAUGUCCGAGGAGGUAUAUGGGACAGGUUACUCAUUAAUUCCAAGCCUAACUCCAGAAAGACUUCCACUCUUCAAACAGUUCGGAUAGAGAGGAGUCCGUUGUUAGACCGAGUUCAGACCUUUCUCCCACAGAUGGCCCGGGCAAAUGAAAAACUAAGGAAAGAAAUGGCAGUUGCUCCACCUGGUCGUUUCAAUAUUGAGAAUAUCGAUGGGACUCUUGGAAAAGUGAUACAAAUGGAUGUGGCCUUAUUUGAGAUGGAUCACUCAGAUUCAAAAGAAAUGGACAGUUCAGAGGAGAGUUCACAAGAGAGCUCGGAGGACAGUCCCGAGUCUGAGGAUGAAGGUGACAGCAUCUCCUCUGAAGUCACCAUCGACAACAUUAAGCUUCCUAACUCAGAAGGUGGAAAAGGCAAGAUUGAAGUUUUGGACAGUCCGGCAAGUAAAAAAAAGAAACAAUGAAGAAAUUGAUCUGAAAAGAAAUAGGUGCUGUAUAUCUGCUAAUGCUGUAAAAAGAAUGUGGUUCAUGGGCUGUUUUACAUUUCUGAAACUGAUAGUGCUCUUAUGUGUUAAAAAAAAAACUUUAGACAAAGUCAUUGGUUUAUUUGAGCAAAGAACAGUUCAUAAAUUGGGUAGCACUCAAAAUGGAAAGGGAGAGGUUCAGAGAACUCCAGUCUAUGAUGGCCAACAUAGAAAUAAAGAACAGAAAUAACUGGAUUGGUUACAGUGAGGCAUUUAUCUUAUCUGGACAUAUUUAAAAGGAAAACUUUUGCUGGGUGUGGUGGCGCAUGCCUAUAAUCCCAGUGACUCUGGAGGCUGAGGCAGGAGGAUCAAACGUUUAGGGCCAGCUUCGGCAACUCAGUGAGGCCCUAA